AGGGAGGGAGUGAGGCAGACAGACAGUGCGAGUCAGCCAGACUGCGCAGAGAAGGAAUAAUUCGAGAUCACUUUAGCCGUGUGUGUAACUGCAGUUAACACAGAUAUACACAGCGGUCAACGUUUCUGGUGGAAUAUUGUUGCGGUGGAACAUUAUUUUUGAUUAGGGGACUUUUCGACUUGAAUCGCGUUUCCUUUUGAAAGUGGUUAUGCAUUCGCCGUAGUUUUAUUUGCUGGAUGGGCGCAUCGGAAAUAUUCCUAAGUGCUAACGACAGACUAUGGAUCCCCGGUGCGUGUGGUGAAGCCAAUACAUUGAAGUCAUUUCGAACAAGUUUAACUAGGCCUAUUUGUUUUUUGUCGGUUGUGCAAACAUGGAGGCUGCAAGCUUUCAUCCCCAUCCCGGACUUCAACAAACUCUGAAGCAGUUCCACUUGAGUUCUAUGCGCUCCCUCGGCGGACCGGCGGCGUUCUCUGCUCGGUGGCACCAGGAUAUCCUCUUUAAUAAAGAUGGAAAGACCACCGAGAUGAGGCUCAGCUUACCGGCCCAGGCCCCGCCGGUGAUGUCUGGUCCGAUGUUCAUUCCGUCCGACCGCUCCACCGAGAGGUGCGAGACUGUCCUGGAGCGGGAGCCCAUCUCGUGCUUCGUGGUCGGCGGGGAGAAGAGGCUCUGCCUGCCGCAGAUCCUCAACACUGUCCUGCGGGACUUCUCGCUCCAGCAGAUCAACUCGGUGUGCGACGACCUCCACAUCUACUGUUCCCGGUGCACCGCGGACCAGCUGGAGAUCCUGAAAGUGGUGGGGAUCCUGCCUUUCUCAGCUCCGUCCUGCGGACUCAUCACACAGACGGAUGCUGAGCGGCUGUGCAACGCGCUGAUCUACGGAGGUACCUACCCCCCUCACUGCAACAAGGAGCUGUCGGGCACCCUGGAGUUGGAGAGAUCAGAGAAGAGCUUCAAAGUGUACCACGAAUGUUUCGGACGGUGUAAAGGCUUGUUUGUCCCAGAACUGUACUCGAGCCCCACCGCCGCCUGCAUCCAGUGUAUGGACUGCAGGCUGAUGUACCCCCCUCAUAAGUUUGUGGUGCACAGCCACAAGAGACUGGAGAACAGGACUGUCCAUUGGGGCUUUGACUCGGCCAACUGGCGGGCUUAUGUGCUCCUGGACCCCGAAUACACAGGCAAGGAGGAGAAGAGCCUUCUGGAGCAACUGCUCAAAGACAUUAAGAGAAAAUUUGACCUGAUGAGCAAGAGGUCCAGUAAACCAUGCAGAACUCCCAGCCCGGUACCACCAGCUAAGAGGUCUAAAAUCGACAAAGUCCACUUCCCAUCACCGGACAAAGAGAAGCAACCGGAUUGGUUACAAUCACUAUCCAAGUCUGCAAACAAGGACCUGAAACAGAUCCAGCUCAAACAGAGGCCCUCCGCGUUCCGCCCCUGGUCGCCCAGGACUCCAACCACAGAGAAGGAGAAAUCCAACCCUCGCAACGAGGCCGAGAGGUCUGACUCAAAGAUUCAAGAGUCUUUGCUCACUCCCAGGCUGACACCCACUCCCCGGGCCCUCCACAGAAAUGAGGCCUCCUCUCAAGCCCAUUCCAGAGAUACCCCUGCCCCAGGCAAGGGCUCCGGAGCCAGCUCGCGAACAGUGCACAGCCUGCCCAAUGAGGUCUCCCAACCGGCCUCGCUCAGAGGUUCUCUUCCCGAUGCCAGCAACGGGGACGAAGAGAUGGAGACGGAUGGAGAGAUCGAUGUGGACGAUUGCAAUGACUACCCGCCUUCGUCUUCCUCCCUGCCAUUGCUUCCAUUGGCCUGCUCCGGCGGCGUCUCCCAGACCGCCGCCCCUCAGAGCUGUUGUCCCCCAGGGGCCCCACCUCCAUCGGCUCCUCUAGAGGGGCCCAUGGCCGGGCCGCCGGGGGGCUCCUGCCCAGAGCUGGACUCCUUGAGGCAGAUGCUGUAUGGGGGUCUGGACAGCCAGGAGGCCAGGGAGAAGGUCCUGCAGGAGAUCUCCAGGAUGCAGGUGAAGCAGGAGGAGAAGCUAGCGGCGGCGCUGCAGGCUAAACGCUGUCUCCAGCAGGAGUUGGAGUUUGUGCGGGUGGCCAAGAAAGGCCGUCUGAGGGAGGCCAUCGAGGCCAAGCGCAGCCUGCGGAAGGAGAUCGAGCGGCUGCACACGGACUGGGAGAGGAAGAUGGCGGUGGCCGAGGACUCGUGCGGCCAGCUGAGGAGAGAGCUGGAGCGCGAGAGGCGGCUCCGCGUAUGCGACAAGGGCUGCGAGGCGUCGCACCUCCGGGCCAAGUACUCAGCACAGAUCGAGGAGCUGCACGUGCAGCUGCAGCAGGCGGAGGUCGACCGGGAGCAGCUGCGGGUGGAGCUGCAGCAGGAGAGGGCGGCGCGGCAGAGCCUGGAGAGCGUGGUCAAGGAGCUGCAGGCCCAGCUGGCCCAGCAGGCCGCCACCACCACCCCCACCCCCACCACCAGCCCCACCACCAGCAAGCAUCCAGGACAAGAGCACCUGGACAGCACACCAACGAUAGCAGACCCGCACCAACACAUCUCACAGCACGCCGACUGACGCUGUGGUCAGGGGGGGGGGGGGGGGGGGGGGGGAAUAAGUUAUGCCAUUAAACAAUUGAGAGCCGUUGGCAAAAGUAACAUUUAUAUGAAAAGAAGAACAGAGAAAAUGUCGCUGAUUGAGAAAUCACGUUAAUGGGAUAAUAUAUGGAUUUAUGAGAUGAACUGGAAAGUUGUGUUGUUAUGUGUGAGCAUGUUGUAGAGUGUUAUUAAAGAGAAGAAUGCUUCCAUGUGAGGGAGCGCUCCUCUUCAGUGACUUUCAGAGCCCCCGGUCCAGAUACCUGAUGGCUUUCAAGGAUUUCGUUUUGGUAUAAGCUAUUUUUAAAGAUGUGCAAAUACAGUAUAUCCACAUUACAUUACUUGAAUAUUUAGGGAAGAAACAUUUUGUUCUCGGUGAAACAUUACAAAAGACAGGUUACAAUCAAACUCUUGCCAGUGCCACGAAAUCCUGGUGCAUUUAAAGGUAUUAUUGCAAACCACUGGAGUCAGUUUUACCAACCAGUUUACCACUAUUUACAUUCAUACCACCGGCUCGCUUUUUUUGUAUGUUUUUUUGCAAAUGUGGGCUACUUUCUAAGAAACGGUUGAUCUCCAAGAAGCAGAAGUCACAUAAAAUCCUCCAUAAACAUAAACAUGUAUACGCCUGUAUAUCAGCUUCUUAUAGUUUUGUAUAUUCUACAGCCUGAAGUAUUGGAGCCAGUUUGGUCACGCCCGUCAGGUCCAUUAUUGUUUAUGCUUAGAUAUUUUACAAACUUUUUUAUUAUCCUGAACCGACUUUAUUUGUUGAUCAAACUUUGUCUUUUAAAAUAUAGUGUUUGUAUUGCAACUAUAGUUAUAAAUGAAUGACAAAUGUACUUUCCAAUAUUACAACAGCUUUGCAGGUAAAGUUAAUAUGUUGCCCUCCUAUAGAAGAUCGAUGGAAAGAGAUGCCCUUGAUAGCUGUCUUUCAUUGAGCUGCGGUACUUCUGAUUUUCUAUUGAGUAAUGCAAAAUAAUUUAUAUUCUGUAAUAAUCUACUGCUUGCCGACAAAAAAGCGUUAAUUUUUAGUCACUGGUUUUCGGGCUCUUAAAUCAAUUGAUGCUGUUUAUAUGAACAACAUUUCUACAUGUAUACAAAAUAUGGAUAUAUAUUUUUUUACUUAAAAAAAAAGAAAUUGCACUUUUUAAAAGAAAAAUUGCAUUGUGCAUUUGACUCCCUAUUGCAGUUUUCGAAUAUCAAGUGAAAACAACCAACUUGUAAAAGAGCUCCCACACCCACUGUGUCCUGAGAUGUAAAUACAGUGAUAUUGUAAAUAAGAUAUUUGUUUGUAUGUUUGCUUGCUUCAAACUUAAAUCAAUUAUUAUUAAUGAAUACUAUUUUUUGCUCUUACUUGAAACCAAAAAGAGACUUUAUAUUUGGAUUCCAGUGCUACCGUUUCAUCAUUGUUACCCAGAGUAUCAUAGCAAUUAAAGGGCAUUUCCUUGCACGGAUAUCGGGCUCAUGCUUUGUUCUUUUGGCUUAUGCUUUUUAUUUUAUUUUUUGUUUUCGCUGAAAUUACACACUAACGGAAUGUUUUACCUUAUCCUAUUAUUGUCUUUAUCAAGAGAAAGAGCCCUGAUGUUUCAUGUAUUAUAGGGGAUAUAUUAAACCACAGACCAAAAACGUAAAAUGACAUCUGUACCUACUUCCUCAUCGGGCUUCCCAGCUAGAGUUGGUAUAGUGACAUAGAGUAGAAAUGGCACAUUCUUUAGUUAAAAUCUUUACGGGGUCUCAAUCAUUUUAGACACAAAUAUCACUUCUAUGUCUUAUUCUUACUGACCCCUGCUAAAUGUACUGCGGGUACAACGGAAUAUCAAGACGGAUUGUUUGGCAAGAUGCUGUUGAAGUUUGAGUUUUUGAAAUGCAGUUUUAAUUUGCCGCUUGCUUCACUGUUCUUUUUCCUUCAAAACAAUGUAUAAUACCCAUUAAAAUAAAAUCAAUCCUACAGAAA